UAUACGCCUCCGAGGCAGAGGCCGACCAGGACAGUUCUCAAGUUUUCAGAGUCGCUCUGCUGUCACGAAUUUUUGCUCAAAACUGAGGAGCUAAGCCACUUGCCAAAAUGUGCAAAGGACUUGCAGCUUUGCCCCAUUCAUGCCUGGAAAGGGCCAAGGAGAUUAAAAUCAAGUUGGGAAUUCUCCUCCAGAAGCCAGACUCGACUGUUGACCUUGUCAUUCCAUAUACCGAGAAGCCAGAGAAACCUGCCAAGACCCAGAAGCCCAGCCCCGAUGAGGUCCUGCAGUGGCGUGAUUCCCUGGACAAGCUUCUGCAGAACAACUACGGACUUGCCAGCUUCAAAAGUUUCCUGAAGUCUGAAUUUAGCGAGGAAAACCUGGAGUUCUGGAUUGCCUGUGAGGAGUACAAGAGGAUCAAGUCCCCUGCCAAGAUGGCUGAGAUGGCAAAGAAAAUUUAUGAAGAAUUCAUCCAAACGGAGGCUCCUAAAGAGGUGAAUAUUGAUCACUUCACAAAGGACAUCACAAUGAAAAAUCUGGUGGAACCUUCUCUGAGCAGCUUUGAUGUGGCCCAGAAAAGAAUCCGUGCCCUGAUGGAAAAGGAUUCACUGCCUCGCUUUGUGCGUUCGGAGUUUUAUGAGGAAUUGAUCAAGUAGCAAUUUAGUUGGGCUGUAAGAAUCAUCCUGUGAGUCAUUUGCUCCAUAAUAACCCAGCAUUUUCCAGCAACCUACAUAGCUUCCCAGAGCAGCUUUGCUCAAAUACCCAGAGACAACUUUGUGGAGUGGGGCUUACCCUUUCGCUAACAUUAUUUUAGACGUCUGCAUGCCUUCCUCCCCCAAUUCCUUCUUCCUGCGUAAUCUUUAUUAAGCUCCAUUCAGUGUGUUGUUGUUAAACCCAAUUAGAAUCACAGAAAAGUUCUGCCUAAGGCAAGGAAAUAGAAGACAAGGAUAUGAUCCCAUUGAACGUGGGUCCAUUUGGCUUAGGUAAUGGAUCACCACCUAAAUUUGAGAAAGAAUAUGGAUGCGGAAAGACCAACUUCCCAUGAGAGUAAUUGAUCUUGUCUGUUGUUUUAAUUCCGAUUUUUUAAAUAUGUUAAGCCAAUACAUUAUUUAAAAUAUUGAUCUUUCCCUUAGAAUAUCUUCCUGUCAACUAAAGAUUAUAAACAAGACAUGUCACCAUGAAUAUGCUGGUUUAUACAAAUUUAAUCUGAACGCAAUCCAUAUUCUUUCCUUAUACCUCCCACAUGACCACCCACCCAUAAAGUUACCAAAUUCUGUGUUAAAUCAAUGACUAAGAUUGACAAUGGACUAUUUUAUAAGUGUAUCUCUGCCUUUAGUUCGUAGGCCCAAAGUUUCCAUUUUGAAAGUAUUUUAAAUCCACGUGAAUAUUAAAAUUCUGAAAUAUAACUCCAAUUGUGUAAAAUGGUACCAUUGGUGUGCAUAACAGUGGUCUCUCACCUCCACAGUAAGAGGGCUGUGCACUAAAAUGAGACAAUUUUGUCAGGCUUAAAAUUAUUAAUUUUGCUGUAAUGCCAUUUUUUUGUUUAGUAAAUGGUAAUUAUCUUCAAAACAUCAGAUUAUCUUUGGAAAAAUUAAUUUGGCGACACGUACAGGCUUUCGAAGUAAGAGAGAGUUUUAACACACCCUGCGUUUUGCAAAAUCCAGUGAUGUUUGAGCAAUCCUGUCUUUCCCUCCUAUUUUGCUCCCUGUGUUAGUGAAUUUCAUCAAAGUGCACAUUUAUACCACUAACGUGCCUCACGCACAGCUGACUGGCAGGCCAUGGCAUUGCUUAGUAGGUUUAAAACUUUUAAUUCUGCAUUUCAUCAUUAUAAGUCUUGCUAGAACUUUUUUAUCUUUAGUAGAUUUGAUUAAGUAGUGAUUUACAUAAUUUAGUAGAAAUAAGGAACUAAACUAUGUAUGAGGGUACUGAAGAUGAGGAUACUGAGUUAAUCAAAAAAAGAAAGUAUUUUUUAAAGGAUUAAUAAAAUUCUGAAAAUUCUGUAAGUAGAAGAUGACAUUGUUUAGUCUCAUAUUUCCUCCUUUUUUUUCCCUUUUUAUCCACACACUCCUGGUUUCACAUGUCUGUCACCCAUCGAUUCAGUUAUUUCCGAAGAAUACUGAAAGUGAAGCAACCGUAUUGGUGGGUUCCUCUGGCAAACACUGUAAUUGUUGGGGUUUCCCUAUUGUUGUUAUUUCAAAGGGCAAUAAUGCCCUUCUUGAAUACUUAUUUCAUACUCUGAAAAUGGGUUGGAGUGACUGGGUUCACUGCCAACACUUGCUAGAGUGGGAUGAGUUCGCUCCUAUUUGUCAAUGUUGCUCACUUCAAAGAAAUUCCAUCGCCAUGCUGUCGACAGCUAGGCCAGGUGGACACUUAGCCUGAAAGAGAAGUCCUCGCCAUGUGCAUGAAUGUAGGAGUGACAAGCAACUGAGAUAAAAAUUCCUGCUACCACCUUCCUCAGCAUCUGUCUACACUGGCCCCAAAUCAAUAUAAAACCCUCACUCCUUUAUUUCUAUUGUGGCUAGAAAUGCUGAGAACCCAGCAAUGGCGAUGAGUUAUUUGUACUUCAAUACCAAACAUUUUUAAGGAAAACCUGAAUUAGAAAUUAAAAUAUUUAUUCACAAUAUUUGAAAUAGCCAAAUGUUUGAAGAACCCAGAGAAUUAAGCAGAUAUUACGGAGCUCAUUCAGAUGGAUGAUAUUACAAAGUCUCAAAUCAAGUGUAUUCAUAAAUCGACUGCAUACCCCAUGUAUGCGUAAACUGAACCCAGGAGGCAGAUGGCAGGUAGAUUACCACAAUUUUAAACUUAAAGUAGUCCACACACACAUUAAAAGCUAUUCUAACAUGGAAUAAUAAAAUUAAAAGGAAUACAAAUAUCACAGCCCCAAGUGAGGAAGCAACAUAUCAACAUUGCCCUAGAAAAGUUCUUUGAAAUCUUUUGAAACUGUUUUUAAACCGAGGGGGAAAAAAAAGAAAAAGAAACUUUGUCAGUAGAGGUUUCCAUGGUAACCCAAAGACAAUACAUUCCUUUCUUUCUGGGAAAUUAGAAAAAACUGAGAUGAUCUUUCCAGGAAAAAAAUGUGUAGCAUCUGUUUAUCGCUCCCUCUCCCUCCUCCGCUUCCUCUCCAGUUUCCCUAAAGUAAAUUGCUUGGAAUUUUGGGAAACUGAAACUUAAAGCAAGAGCCCUGUGGGGUUCUCAUUUUCCACCCUUGUGAAGUGUAGCUACCGUGGUAAGUGGAUCUGAGAUGUACAGAGCUGGUGGGACCAGAUUGUGGUCAGUGGGAACAGGAGCGAACGCUUCUCAUUCUUGAGAGGAACCUAACAUUGGGCCAGGUGAUGGCCCAUGACCUCUGUUUUUCUGCCUGGGUUUGAUACAGGCUGGAGUUGGCAUCAGAUUAGGAACUAAACUGGAUCCAAAUAAAGAGACAGACCAUUGACGCUAGAGUAUAUCAGGAGGCUGAGUUCCGUGUUUAUCUGUGAAAGCAGUGAAUAACCCACUAUCACGCACACGCACACGUGCACACGUGCGCACACACACACACACACACACACACACAAACUUCUCCCAGACAGACACACUCUGAAAUGCAGAACUUACCUAAGCAUUUCAGUAACUUUGCUUUCCAAUCAGUAGCAUCAAAUAUAUGGCAACAUUUUGUGCCUGGCUCCCAGUACCCCAUGUACUCCAGUUCUGUCCGGUAUAAAUUAUGCUUUAAGUAGAUUUCAGUUUUUAGUGCGUAAGGAGAAGAACUUGGUGCAAGGAAUUGUCUUUUUAUUCUCUGAAAAACAAUGGAUUUUGCUUGGUUGAUGUGUCCCUGUGGACACUGUAUUUCAAGAGGAUGGAGUUCUUAGUAGUCUCCCAAAUAAUAACAGCUCUUCAGUAGUUUCAAUGAAAACUUGACCAUUAGCAACUCAAUUGAUAAACUAAUAUGCAUUCCCUGCCAGGGCUUUGUCAAAUUAUCAAUUCCAUCACAGAUUCGAUAAUGAGAAUCAUUAAAAAAGCUACUUGUAUUUCAGGGAGAUUGAAAUCAUUCCCUCCAGCAGGUCAUUUUCCCUGUAGCCUGAGAAUUUAGCAAGUUUGGAAAAUAAAGGGUCAUGAGAAAGAAAGGGGAGGAAGUUGGGAAAAGGUAAGUGGUAAAGAAGUGCCCAGACCCAUGAGCAAAUCCAUUCGGUCUGAAACAUUUCAGGGCAGUUCUGCUUAGUGGAAAAUCAAACUGCUUCUUGGCGUCCUCAUCAAGGUUUGCAGGAAGGCAUAUCAUGACUCUCAAUCAGCUAGAUGAGAAACUUUAUUUUAAAAUCCUAGGGAGUUUUGACUAGAGAAAAGGACAACUGUGGAGGAUCUACUUUCCCCACUUGACUUGCAUGCGCCAGAAAGCAGAGUGCAGAGAAUCACUGUCUACCAUCCAAGCGUCCAGAUCCAAGGGUCAGACAGCUCCGUGGAGGUUCCAGACGGGAUGUCUUGACACAUCUCAGUACAGCCUGACGGAAUGGUCAUUAGACCUCGCUGGUUUUCUAGUCUCUCCAUCCUUUCAGACAAAUUUGUAUUGACCACUUGUUUGGGAUAAGAGUCUUUAGUUAACAAUUUAACAAUGGCUACUUGCGGUGAACAAACUUUCACCCAAAUAGGUUGGGGGCAGAUCAGAGCAACAGAUACCCAAAAAAAGGCUUCCCCUAGGAUCAACUUAGCUGAAAAGAUAACUUCCAACUGAGAAGCUAUUUGUGGCUUUGAAUGCAAACUCACAGCAGAGAAGGAAGGGGAAAAGCCUGUAGAAUAUUAUCCUCACCUCACAGUUAAUUAAUAAUCUUAUUUUCCAGUAGAGAAGCUUCAAAUCAAACUCCUAACAUUCCUAUCAUUUUACUGCAAGUUAUUUGUUUUCUCACCUGAGGUAUUUUCCCUCCCCAGCUCACACCCAUACCUCCCCUCUUCUUCUCCCCUGCAAGAGGAAACAUUUAAAAUAGUUGAGACUGACCACCAAUUAUGUAAUAAUAAAUACAUUAAAAGCAUGUCACUUCUUAUCUAGGAAAGUGUGAGGCUAAAGGCAUAGACACAACAACGGGACAUGCUGAGAAAUUUUCCAAUGGCGAGACAUAGGAUAAUGUCUGCCAAGAGUUCUUUUUAUGUCAUAUAGUGUCGGGAUUGGUGGGAACUAAAUAUUGUUAACACGUUACAACGUCAGCUCAGCUUCAGGAGACAGAGCCCAGAGAGAGGAGUAGAAACGAAAGGUUUAGAAGUGCAUUUGUCAGCAUUUAUCCCGUAAGUUUUUUUUUUUCAUUUAGGAACAAUUAUGUUUAUCAUCUGAUUUUGUAUCCAAUACAUCAUGUACUAUGUGACUCACACUUCUUGAUAGAGCACCAAAUAUGUAUCUGUAACCACGAUCACAUAUAUCAUAAUAAAUAUAUACCUACA